CAACACGGAAUAAAGCUCCGUUUCUCUCUCUCUCUCUGUGUCUCUCUCUUCCUCUGCGGCGACGAUCGCAAAUCACCGGUGAUUUUCUCCGUAAACCCCAAUUUCACGUUCCUUCCGUCAUCUCCCCCGACUUCUCGUGAUUCAGUUUGUUCAAACUCGUCGCCAUCAUGAAUCCCGAAUAUGACUAUCUGUUUAAGCUUUUGCUUAUUGGAGAUUCUGGUGUAGGGAAAUCAUGUCUACUUUUGAGGUUUGCUGAUGAUUCAUAUCUGGAGAGUUACAUCAGUACCAUUGGUGUUGACUUUAAAAUUCGCACUGUGGAACAGGAUGGAAAGACCAUCAAACUCCAAAUUUGGGAUACUGCUGGCCAAGAACGUUUUAGGACUAUCACUAGCAGCUACUAUCGUGGUGCUCAUGGUAUCAUAGUUGUUUAUGAUGUGACAGACCAAGAGAGUUUCAACAAUGUCAAGCAAUGGCUAAAUGAAAUUGACCGCUAUGCCAGUGAAAAUGUGAACAAGCUUUUAGUUGGGAACAAGUGUGACCUAACAGCAAACAAAGUUGUGUCCUAUGAGACAGCUAAGGCGUUUGCAGAUGAAAUUGGGAUUCCUUUCAUGGAAACAAGUGCUAAGAAUGCCACUAACGUUGAAGAGGCUUUCAUGGCCAUGGCUGCUUCAAUCAAGAAUAGGAUGGCAAGCCAACCAGCCAUGAACAAUGCGAGACCUCCAACUGUGCAGAUUCGAGGACAGCCUGUCAACCAGAAGUCAGGUUGCUGCUCUUCUUAAAGAAAGUUAGUUUUAGUGGGGCACAUUAUGUUCUUUUGUGUUUAUUUGUUGCAUGUAAAACUAGUCCUAUUUCAUGCUUUUGAUGUGAAGAUCGUUCAGCCUGAUUUGGUAUUCUUGUCUUUUGUUCAAUACUCUGUUAAACUUCUAUUCUUUUAAUUGUAUUUGAUUUUAAGCAAACAUUUGUACAAAAAUAGGAAUAUAGUAUUUGCCUUGUUCA